ACAAUUACAUCUAUAUAUUCUUCCAUCUGUCCACUGAAUCUUUCUUCUUUCUAUCUCCUUCAAUCUUCACCAACAGCUCUCUCAAAUUCAACUCUGACGUCAUCCUCUCCAUUCUGAAUUUGCUCCAUUUUCACUCUUCCUCUCGAUCAUCGAUCAGAUUUGUUUUCAUUCUACUUCUCUACAAGCUCUAAUUCUUAAAUUUUGCCGUCAUACUUUUGAAUUUGUCAGGUCAAUACCCUUUGUUCUAGGGUUUUCGUUACAGAUAAUUCCUUAACGCGCUGAAUUACUUUUAGUUUUUGUCGGAACUGACUGAGAUUUGCAAGCAGUUCUGUGUUUCCUUGUUCAUGUCCAUGGAGAUGGAUUUGAAGGAAGGAGAAGGAGGAGAGAAUUCAAAUAUUCAGCUGGAAGCGAUGGAUGCUGGGAACUUCGUUAACAAGGAGACUUUUAUGAGAGCUGAUAAGAUUGAUUUCAAGAAUUGGGAUAUACAGUUGGAUAAACACUUGAGCCGUGUUUGGACUAAAGAUAGGGAAGUUCCAACAAAGAAAGAGGAGUGGGAAAUUGAAUUGGCUAAAUUGAAUAUCAAAUAUGUUAUCGCCCAUGGAACUUAUGGAACUGUCUACCGUGGAGUUUAUGAUGGUCAAGAGGUUGCAGUGAAGGUAUUGGAUUGGGGAGAGGAUGGUAUCGCCACUGCUGCUGAAACUGUAGCUCUCCGUGCAUCAUUUCGUCAAGAGGUUGCUGUUUGGCAUAAGCUCGAUCAUCCAAAUGUGACAAAGUUUGUUGGCGCUUCAAUGGGUACAUCAAAUCUUAAGAUCCCUUCGAACAACACUUCGAAUGAUGUUAAUAAUACUCUUCCUUCAAGAGCUUGUUGUGUUGUAGUGGAGUACCUUCCUGGUGGAACAUUGAAGAAAUACUUAAUAAGGAAUUCUAGAAAGAAGCUUCCCUUCAAAACUGUCAUUCAACUCGCUUUGGACCUCUCUAGAGGUUUGAACUAUCUUCAUUCUAAGAAGAUAGUGCAUCGCGACGUUAAGACAGAGAACAUGUUGCUUGAUUCCCAGAGAACACUUAAAAUAGCUGAUUUUGGCGUUGCACGAGUUGAGGCUCAAAACCCGAGGGACAUGACUGGCGAAACCGGUACACUUGGCUAUAUGGCACCAGAGGUGCUUGAUGGAAAGCCUUACAAUCAUAAGUGCGAUGUCUAUAGCUUUGGAAUUUGUCUUUGGGAAAUUUAUUGCUGUGACAUGCCUUAUCCUGACCUUAGCUUUGCUGAAGUAUCUUCUGCGGUGGUUAGACAGAAUCUACGGCCAGAAAUACCUCGAUGUUGCCCAAGUUCAUUUGCAAGCAUCAUGAGGAAAUGUUGGGACGCAAGCCCUGACAAAAGGCUGGAGAUGGACGAAGUUGUGCAAUUGUUGGAAGCAAUAGACACGAGCAAGGGUGGUGGCAUGAUUCCUGGUGGUGGAAAAUCUAGUGCCUGUUUUUUCUGUUUUAGCAGUCGUCGUGGACCUUGAUUGUUCUGAUUAAGAAACUAUUAUUAUUAUUAUUGUUGUUGUAUAACUAAUAUUUGUUAAUCCUUUAUCAGCCCAUCCACAUGUGUACAAUAGAUUGUGGUGGGGAAGUGUGAUUAUUAUUGUUUUGGGCACUUUUGAAGUUGAGAUAGCUCAAGGAAUAUCAACAAUUCUGAUUGUAUCUCUGUCCAAAUAAUAAAAAUAAAAUUCUCUUUUGGUUA